CCCCGCCCCGCGACACGCUGCGUGGCUGCUCGUUGGCUACUUAGGACGGAAGCUCGGUUGGUGCUUCUCCAGAAGUUUCCCCCUUGGGCGGCGGCGGCGUAGCUCAUAACCUCGGAGGUAGCAGCUCUAACAGCAAGAGCGAUAUUUAGGGAUGGCGGCAGCUGCAGCAGGACCUGCAACAGUCCAGAAGUUUUUCCGGAGCUUCUCAGAUGCUCUGAUCGAGGAGGACCCCCAGGCGGCGUUAGAGGAGCUGACUAAGGCUUUGGAACAGAAACCAGAUGAUGCUCAAUAUUAUUGUCAAAGAGCUUAUUGUCACAUUCUUCUUGGGAAUUACUGUGAUGGUGUUGCUGAUGCAAAGAAAUCUCUUGAACACAAUCCAAAUAAUUCCACUGCUAUGCUGAGAAAAGGGAUAUGUGAAUACCAUGAAAAAAACUAUGCCGCUGCUUUAGAAACUUUUAUAGGAGGACAGAAAUUAGAUAGUACAGAUCCUGAUUUCACUGUCUGGAUUAAAAGGUGUCAGGAGGCCCAGAAUGGAUCACAAUCUGAGGUGUGUGCAUCCCAGAGGACUCAUCAGUCAAAAAUCAAGUAUGACUGGUAUCAAACAGAAUCUCAAGUAAUCAUUACACUUAUGAUCAAGAAUGUUCAGAAGAAUAAUGUAAAUGUGGAAUUUUCAGAAAAAGAGUUGUCUGCUUUGGUGAAACUUCCUUCUGGAGAGGAUUAUAAUUUGCAGCUGAGACUUCUUCAUCCUAUAAUCUCAGAACAGAGCACAUUUAAAGUACUUUCAACAAAGAUUGAAAUUAAAAUGAAAAAGACAGAGGCUGUGAGAUGGGAAAAGCUAGAGGGGCAAGGAGAUGUGCCUAAACCGAAACAGUUCAUAGCAGAUGUAAAGAACUUAUAUCCAUCAUCAUCUCAUUAUACAAGAAAUUGGGAUAAAUUGGUUGGUGAAAUCAAAGAAGAAGAAAAAAAUGAGAAGUUGGAGGGAGAUGCAGCUUUAAACAAAUUAUUUCAGCAGAUCUAUUCAGAUGGUUCUGAUGAAGUGAAACGUGCUAUGAACAAAUCAUUUAUGGAGUCUGGUGGUACAGUUUUGAGUACCAACUGGUCUGAUGUAGGUAAAAGGAAAGUUGAAAUCAAUCCUCCUGAUGAUAUGGAAUGGAAAAAGUACUAAAUAAAUUAAUUUGCUAUCACUGUAUUGCAUAUAUUCA